GACACCUUCCCCACUCCCACAGCCCCGGCCUAUCACUGCACCCCACCGGAGUGCUAUAUGUAGUGGCGGCUUACGCGCACUGAUUGUUCCAACUAACUCAUGCUCGUUAGCUCACCUCGUCAAGGGCUCGCAUUUAUCACGUCCACUUCCAUGUCCAUGCAACAGCCGACGCGCGGCGGGGGCGCCAUCCUUCCCGCCGCGAUGCCAGCGCCGGCGGACUCGUCGUUCUUGCUGCUCGCCUUCACGGCCGCCGUGGCGACCGCCGCGCUGAUCGUCGCGGUUGAUUUUGCUAGGUACAACAGGAGGCACAGGGGGCUGAGGCUCCCGCCGGGCCCGCCCGGGUGGCCCGUCGUCGGGAACCUCUUCCAGGUCGCCUUCUCCGGGAAGCUCUUCAUCCACUACAUCCGCGACCUGCGCCAGGAGUAUGGGCCCAUCCUGACCCUGCGCAUGGGGGAGCGCACGCUCGUCAUCAUCAGCAGCGCCGAGCUCGUGCACGAGGCGCUCGUCGAGAAGGGCCAGGAGUUCGCCAACCGGCCCCGGGAGAGCACCACGCGCAACAUCUUCUCCUCCAACAAGUUCACCGUCAACUCUGCGGUGUACGGACCUGAGUGGCGGUCGCUGCGCCGGAACAUGGUGUCCGGGAUGCUCAGCACGUCUCGGCUCAGGGAGUUCCGCCACACCAGGAUGCGCGCCAUGGACAGGUUCGUGGCGCGGAUGCGCUCCGAGGCUGCGGCGUCGCCCGACGGCGCGUCAGUGUGGGUGCUCCGGAACGCGCGCUUCGCAGUGUUCUGCAUCUUGCUAGACAUGACAUUCGGGCUGCUCGACCUCGACGAGGAGCACAUCGUGCACAUCGACGCCGUCUUGAAGCGCGUGGUGCUCGCCGUCGGUAUGAACAUGGACGACUACCUCCCGUUCCUCCGCCCCUUCUUCUGGCGGAGGCAGCGCCGCGCGCUCGCCGUCCGCCGCGACCAGAUCGACACCCUGCUCCCGCUCAUCAACAGGCGCCGCGCCAUCCUCCGCGACAUGCAGCGCUCGCCGCCCGACAACAACGUCGCCGCGCCCUUCUCGUACCUCGACUCCGUGCUUGACCUCCGCAUCGAGGGCCGCGACGCCGUGCCCAGCGACGACGAGCUGGUCACCCUCUGCUCGGAGAUGAUAAACGGCGGCACCGACACCACGGCCACCGCGAUCGAGUGGGCUAUGGCGCGCAUCGUGGACAACCCAUCCAUCCAGGCCCGGCUCUACGAGGAGAUCAUGCAGCAGGUCGGCGACGCGAGGCCGGUCGACGACAAGGACACCGACUUAAUGCCGUACCUCCAGGCCUUCGUGAAGGAGCUCCUCCGGAAGCACCCGCCUACGUACUUCGCGCUCUCCCACGCCGCCGUCCAGCCGGGGAGCAAGCUCGCCGGCUACGACGUGCCCACGGACGCGAACCUGGACAUCUUCCUCCCUACCAUCUCGGAGGACCCGAAGCUGUGGGACCGGCCGACGGAGUUCGACCCGGACAGGUUCCUGUCCGGAGGCGAGAAGGCGGACAUGACGGGGUCAGCGGGGAUCCGGAUGAUUCCGUUCAGCGCAGGGCGGAGGAUCUGCCCGGGGCUGGCCAUGGGGACGACACACAUCGCGCUGAUGGUGGCGCGGAUGGUGCAGGCGUUCGAGUGGCGCGCUCACCCGUCGCAGCAGCCGCUGGACUUCAAGGACAAGGUGGAGUUCACGGUGGUGAUGGACCGGCCGCUGCUCGCCGCGGUGAAGGCCCGGAACCUCUCGUUCUGAUCGAAUGCGUGCAUGGGUGUGCAUGCAUGUGCAUGUCAGCGUGGCAGCACGACGUCGUUCGUACGUGCGCACGUAGGUCGGCAUGCACGCAUGCACACGGUCAUGGACACCAGCGCUGCAUGCCGUCUUGCUUUCCGUUCAGCACGCAAGCGACGUGCACGCGGGUACUAGCUAGCUACUCCUACUUCCAGUCAUCGUUCGUUGGUUAUGAACAUCCAUGUCUGUGCGUGUCUAAAUGUGUGUAUGAUCGAUGUAGCAUACACGAUAAAUGCUACACGUUUUCAUGUGUGUAUGUAGUAGUGGUGGUGGUUUAUUAUAUACGGAGUAUAAGAAUGGAUUU